CGAGCCUCGGGGUUAUGAAUGACAGACUUGAACCGUCAUGUAGUAACUGAAGGUCGAUCCUGAUUCACAUUCGGUAUCGUUGACCUGAAUGAUUCUUCUCAACUCUAUCCGGAUUAAGGAAGGGAACACACGCCUACCUUUUGACUUCGCCGAUCUCGAUUUGGAAGCGAAGGACACUCACCAGCUUACGAUGAAAGGCCACUGAAGCCACCAAGGCUGAGUUGUUGGCAGCCACGGUGGCCAUCCAUCUGACCUGAGAAACUGAAAUCAAUAGGCCAUGCCAUGGGAAGCAAGAAGACAGGCAUGUUAAAAGUUCAGUGCACCAACAACGAAAGGACAGCACGACAAGAAGAAAGCAAAUCCAGUUUGACUUAGACAACGAUCUCAAGGGUCAAAGGAUAAGAUCCGAAAAAUAGAAACUGAAGUCCUGCUUCGUGUGCUCGUAGCAUCAGACGUUAAAUAGCAAGACCGGGUCAAUCGAGCCACCCUCCAAUCAGCCUUGAGCCCCUUCCCCCUUCCUCCCUCCCUCCCUCCCCUUCACUAUAAAACCUCAGAACGAUUUCGAUUCCCAACAAACACAUUCAUCCGGAGAAGGUACGUCUGAGGCCUGGAGCUGGUACGAGUCCGGUUCAGAAAAUUCUUUCCGCAGUCGUGAACAUCUGUCAGCUGCGAAAUCACAACCAUCAUUCCGAGCUCACUCGCUGAAUUGGGAGAAUUGCUCGAUUGGCGUGCAUGAAAUCGAUCUGAAGACAUCGACAUUCGAUUGCCUUCCGUGCCUUGCAGUCGCAGGCGGGAACUGGGACGGGACCGGAAGAUGAAGGUUUUCCAGGUGGCGGUGUGGGUGCUGGCGGUGGGACUGGUGAGCUUCAGCGGACACGUGUCGGGGCAAGUGAAGCUGUCGUACCCGCCGUGGAAGCGGAGCGAGCUGAACUGCAGCUACGACGAUUCGGCGAUGGUGACGGAUCCGGCGCUGAUCUGCACGCCGAAAAGCGACGGAAAAGCGAUUAUCUUCUCGUACGAUAACGACGUGCUUGCCGUCCGGUACGCGUACACGAAGCCCGUCCGACUGUACCGGAAGGGGACGAGGUACGCCACGUCAUUCGCCACGUCGUUCGUGGUCGACAUCCGCCGCGACAUCGAGAGAUCGGUGCGCCGAGUGUUCGGCGGCAGCUGGGCCUUCGCCAUCACUCCCGACCAGCUCACUCGCAAUGCCGGCCCCGAGAGCAUCGGCCUCUUCCCCAUCGACAUCAACACCGGCAAGCCUCUCCCCGGCCCCAGCCCUCGCACUGUGGCGGUGGAGAUCGAUACCUCGCGCGAACAAAACAAUUGGGACUUCCCCGUGCUCCCCCAUCUCGGAAUCGAUGUCAACAGCCUCAAGUCCGUGAAAGUCGAUUACUUGUGGAAUCAGACGGCUUUCGUCAGAAGGAAGGUGGGCUACUUUGUGGAUUACGAUGCCAAGACUGAGGUGAUGCAGGUCCGCGUGCAGAAUAUUACCAGCAAUGGGAAGCUGAACAAGAGGAACUCGAAGCUGUGGCUGACGUACCCCAAAUUCAAGCUGUCUGACCACGUGAACGAGUACUCGAUCGUCGGCUUCUCGUCCCGAGUUCCUGUCACUGACGACGGCACUUACGAUCUGUAUGCUUGGAAUUUCGAGACCAAGGAGGUUCUCACCAACAAGAUGCACUAGUGUGCUAGAGCUUUCCUGGAUUGCAUUCCUCUUUCACAAACAUUUUCCUUUUCCUUCAGCCGGCUACGCGAAAGUAGCUCGCUCAGCUGACAUGAGCUGCACUGUUCUCCCCUGUCAUGUCGCACGUCUCGGAGGCGAUCUUAGACUCUCAUGACAUUCUGCUCUUACAGCUGAUUCGCAUGGCCUUUUGUACCCUACUCCUAGAGAGUAAGCGACCGAAUAAUUUAUUAGCUAAUUAUCAAUAAGAGUGCUUUGAAGCAGCUCAGAUUCAAUCUCAGC